UGCGCCGCAGCGGACUGUCGGGCUGCCGCCGCGCGUAAAGCUCCGGUUUCAUAUGCGACAGGGAAGCGCGGCCGCUGGGCUCUCUCUGCUUCAGUCCGGGUGCUUCUGGCCUCUACUGAAACAUGUUUUCUUAGCUCCAGAGUCUUCCGCGUCAUGACCUCACCGGGCCGCCCCUCCAGUUGAAUGGGAUCCCUCAUCGCCCGUUUUGGCACCGACUGUCUCUGCCGCCGCCGCCGCUCCAAAUCCCCGAUUUUAGGAUCUGCGAGCUUUUGGUCUCUCUAAUCAGUUCAUUAAUGGUUUGAUGCGAAAUCCGCCCGUCUGAUCGGCAGAAGCGACCACGCCAAAUCUCCAGCAGCCUGCGCGUCAGGGCCUCAGCCAUGGGGGGAUCCAAAAGUAAGCCCAAGGAUGUAGGCCAGCGAACCCGCAGCCUCGAUGGCAACCUCAGCUCUGGGGGAGGGGCUGGCGGCCACCACCUCAACUCCAAUCAGCAGUCCUUGACGCCCAACCGUAGCCCGACUGUGGAUGGAGGCCUCAGUGGCAAUCCGUCUAUGGCCAAUAAUGCAGAGCUGGCCCUGUUCGGAGGCGUGGACAACAACAGCGUCACCUCCCCCAACAGAAUCACACUAGCAGGAGGCGUGACGACCUUCGUGGCAUUAUACGACUACGAGUCUAGAACGGCCUCAGAUCUGUCCUUCAGGAAGGGUGAACGCCUCCAGAUAGUCAACAACACAGAAGGGGACUGGUGGCUGGCGCGCUCCCUGACCACUGGAGAGAGCGGUUAUAUCCCCAGCAAUUAUGUGGCUCCGUCCGACUCCAUCCAGGCAGAAGAGUGGUACUUUGGCAAGAUCACUCGCCGCGACUCCGAGAGGCUGCUGCUGAGUUUAGAGAACAGGAGAGGGACUUUCCUGGUGCGAGAGAGUGAGACCACCAAAGGUGCCUACUGUUUGUCUGUCCUGGACUAUGACAACACCAAAGGGCUGAACGUGAAGCACUACAAGAUCAGGAAGCUGGACAGCGGGGGCUUCUACAUCACAUCACGCACGCAGUUCAGCAACCUGCAGCAGCUUGUUAAUCACUACCGCAGUGAGUUCAGCACGAAUGCACCGCCUUGGUUUGCUUUUGAACAUCUAAGAGCACGGCUUGACCACGUUGCCUGUCCUCUCCUGUCCCUCGCAGAGCAUGCCGAUGGGCUGUGUCACAGUCUGACGGACAUUUGUCCCGUCCUGAAGCCUCAGACUCAGGGCUUAGCCAAGGAUGCCUGGGAGAUCCCGAGAGAGUCCCUCCGCCUUGACCUCAAGCUCGGACAGGGCUGCUUUGGAGAAGUCUGGAUGGGAACAUGGAACGGCACAACACGGGUGGCAAUAAAGACCCUGAAGCCGGGCACCAUGUCCCCUGAGGCCUUCCUCCAGGAAGCUCAGGUCAUGAAGAAACUGAGACAUGAAAAGCUGGUCCAGCUCUAUGCUGUGGUGUCCGAGGAGCCGAUCUACAUCGUCACAGAGUACAUGGGACAAGGUAGCUUACUGGAUUUCCUGAAAGGCGACAUGGGCAAGAUGCUCCGCCUCCCCCAACUGGUGGACAUGGCGUCACAGAUCGCUUCAGGGAUGGCUUACGUGGAGAGGAUGAACUACGUGCAUAGAGACCUCAGGGCCGCCAACAUCCUGGUGGGAGACAACCUGGUUUGCAAAGUGGCAGAUUUUGGUCUGGCUCGCCUCAUUGAGGAUAAUGAAUAUACCGCCAGGCAGGGAGCCAAGUUUCCCAUCAAGUGGACGGCUCCCGAGGCUGCUCUGUACGGCCGCUUCACCAUUAAAUCUGACGUCUGGUCUUUUGGGGUCCUGCUGACUGAACUGGCCACUAAAGGCCGAGUGCCCUAUCCAGGUAUGGUGAACCGGGAGGUGUUAGACCAGGUGGAGCGUGGCUACAGGAUGCCGUGCCCAGCAGAGUGCCCCGAAUCCCUGCAUGACCUGAUGCUGACCUGCUGGAGAAAAGAGCCGGAGGAGAGGCCCACCUUUGAGUACCUGCAGGGCUUCCUGGAGGACUACUUCACCUCCACGGAGCCUCAGUACCAGCCAGGAGAGAACCUGUAACCGGGCUGGAAAUGUGCAUGCGUCAUGCAUGUGCAGAACUGAGCAUGUGCAUCUACUUCAGAGUGCAUGGACGAGUGUGUGUGCGUGUGUGUGAGUGAGUGAGGGUGUGUGUUUGUACAGUACGACGGGGCAGAAAGCCGACUACAAUCUGUCAUCAAGGCGUGUCAGUGAGCCGUCAAACCAAUCAGCAACAUUCACUUCCUGCCUCUUUCUAAAGUCAUUGUCACGCUCUGCAUCUCAGACUGUUUUCAAAGGAAAAGCCGCAACAGUGCUAACAGUUUGAGUCCAUCAUACAGCGCUUUGUCAGUCAAAUCAACACCGUGUGCACAGCCAAGCAGGUUUUUCUACCUUCCUUGUGUUUGUGAGGCGCCCUGAUAAUAUACAUUCCCCCGAGCUCAUUCACCUGACUGAUCUCUUCCAGCUUCAACACUGCAACCCCAGACUGUGACACAUGGGUCAAACAUGGCUGCCCACAGGAUGAAUGUUGGAUAUUGUCCUGCUGAAAACACUAUGUCUUUUUUUAUUUUGUUUUGUUUUUUGCUUCAUUUUCUUCGAGACACACACACUCUGUCUGUCUUCCAUUCUGCCACUUGAGAAGCUACCAUUUGGGACGUAGAUGAGUUUGUCAGGAUGUUUUUGGUCUUAAUUUGAUUGCAUUUAGUCUUUAGACCUGGAUCAACUGGAAUAUUUUCAGGUUAACGAUGUUACUUUCUAACCACGCUCCUCCCCUGCAGCACUGAGGCUUGUUUCCCACCUGCUGUGAGAUUUUGUAUGCGAAUAACAGCCCUCCAUUCCCACCAGAGUUUGUCGUCUCACUCGCCUAAAGGCCGGUUGGUUUAUGGCUGUGACCAACAUACAGCUCAACACAAAGAAGAGAAGCGGCCGAUUCUGUCUCUCUAUUUUCUAAUUGUGACUUUUCUUACAAACAAAAUGGCUACUGAUCGCUAACGCUCGUCUCAGGAUGGAGAAGACUAGAAUUCUGCUGCGAGGAUUUUUGUGCCAAUGGAAAUCUCUUUUGUACUCCCUUCUACUGUGUGAAAGCGUGUUUUACUACUCUGAACUUUUCUGACCGUGAAGUCGGAGUUGUGUAAACGGAGAUUCUGCUGUUCUUCCUCUCAAAUGAUAGUCCACUGUUUUGAGAUCCUGCACCUGUGCACGGCGCCGGCCGGCUCGCCAGCUCGGCCACAAGGUGCUGAUUCGUUUCCAGGCGCUCAAAUUAAAAUCAGGUGAAUCUUCUUUCAUGUCUCCAUCCACUUCUGAGCUUCAUUAGUAUGAAGAUUUCUGUUUUUAAUUAGCCUCAGCAUUUCCCUAAUUAGCGCAUCUUUAAUCACACUGGAGAUGUUUGAUAAAUGAGCAACACAGUGAUGCUGUGCCUGUAGUGGUUAUGCCUUCCUCCAGCCUGUAGGGGGCAGACUAGACAAAAACAGCAUGCGCUGCAAAUAAUUUGGCAUCUUCAAAAUUAACUGUAAAUAUCCUUAAUGCUAAUAUUUUUUGUAUAUAACUUUAUAAUUUAUUCCUUUUAAAGUAACCCAAUUGUUUAUUUUGCUUUAAUUCGUUCAAACCUUAAUGUUUAUGGUACUUUUAUGGGUUAAUAACAUCUGACAACAAUGAUAUAAAUAUAUAUUAUAGAAACACUUUUACAUUACAAGUAUUUUUUUUUUUUUUUUUUUUUUUUUGUCUGCACGUAUUUCUGUGAAACUUCUUCUGGUUGUACAGUUUCAAUAUGACUGGCAGAGCAGGUGAGGAGGACGACUCCGCCCCCUCUGACUCACCUGGAGCCGGACACUGAUCAUCUACCAGCAUUCCUCCUUCCCAUAAUACAAUCAAAACCACAAAUGUUUACAUCGUGAUAAUCUUUGACUCGUUUUGGUGCUGCUUCAGAGGCUGGUAAAUGAGCAGUAAAUGAGUCCGCCCGAAUAUCAUGGAGUGUGCGCUGCCGCCAUCUGUACCUCCCGGUCUUCAUCAAGCACUCAGGCUCAUGUGAGUGGAAGGAGUUCGAUGCCUGCGUGGCGUCUGCUGUGUCCCGUGGACAUGGGUUGUGCCACGGCUGCAUGGGUGUCAUCAUGUCGUCUCUCUUACCUGACCUGUCUCACUGAAUGCUGAUGAGCAGAAGUGUGGAAACAGUGCACGAUGAAGGUCGUGUUGCUCGUAUGCAGCCUCGCUGACAAGCCAAGGACGUUUCCUGUGGGGUGCUGUGGGUCUUCUUUCUGGCUAUGCAGAUAUUUUUUUAAUCUGUGAUAUUCCUAUAUAUACUCUUUUCUACUGUAUCCAAUGGGAAUUUUCAGAUAAACGGCUCUUUGUUAAAUCCUACUGAAUAUUGUUCAAAUUUGAAAGUAUGUUUGAAUAAAAUUUGUACAUUGCCA